AUUUUUCAUUCAACUUGUGAUUUGUUGUGUUUGUGAGCUGUAACAUUAGUGGGUAAAAACAGUUUUGGUACGGUAUUUUUUUAUAUCAUUAUUCUCAUUUUCAUUGAGGAAACGUGUGACACAUGAUAGAUCUGUGAGAAAUAGUGCUGCAACAGAUCUGUACGGCUGGAGUCCAGUACUGCAGACACGGACCCUCUAUGAGAGUCACAGCGGCACACAUCUGGUGCAGGUACUGACAGGAGCAGUAGCAGAGUGGAAGCUAGAGAGGCCCAAAAGCAACAACCCAGUCACCACAGUUAAUACGAGAAACCAAGUUAAUGCAGUGUUGAAGCUGGACUGGGGCCACAGAUAGGGUGCUUUGCACAGGUGUUACAUUUGGCAUCCAUGAUGACAUAGACAUGUUUAAAAUAAAAAAACAAAAGAAACUGAAAGCAAAUUUAUAUUUGUCUUUUUAUCUUUGCCUUUUUGUGUUGUUUUUGAUCCAAAAAAUUAUCCGAUCCGUGACUCAGAAACCUAGAGAGAAACAGAGAUGUUCUCUUCUGUCUGUAGAAUAAGAUGUGUACCUAUCAAUGCAAUGAUGCAUCUAAAUUGACACACCUUUAACAAACAUUGUGCCUCCUGCGAUUUCAAUACAAUUUAAAUUAUUUGUUCAGCCCUAGAGUUUCCUCCAUUGAAAAACACAGGUCAUCCAGUCGGAAACCUGGAGAGGAGGAGGAGCUUGAGGGUGGGAAUUGAUUUAUAAUGAUUUACAAAGGGCAUUCUCUUCUCACUCAUAUGCUCACACGUUUCUCUGUAGAGAUACAGUGAGGUCUGCACCAGCAGGAGGAAAAGAGAACAAUGUGGAAAGCAGCAGUGUUUGUGUUGCUGCUGUUGAACAUGGACACACAGGUGAACGGUGCUGCAGGUGACACGAAGGACUCUGUGAAGGAAAAGCCCAGACCUAAGACACAGGUGAAGACAGAAGAGGCUGGAGCCAGUGGCAGCAUUCCUGCAAAACAAGCUGCCUCUGCAGCCUUCCUGGGUAAUUUGCUUGUGAUACCCAUGGAUGGGAGUCACUGGAUGACCACUAAGGCCAUUGCCCAACAAAUGGGUCGUCGUGGACACCGGGUCACUGUUGUGAUACCAGAGGUCAGCAUGCGCAUGGGCCCGGGGAAGCACUAUGACACCGUGACCCACCCUGUUCCUUAUGACACAGCUUUUAUAGAGUCUGUGCUGGCCUCACAGAAGGAAAUCAUGCAAAACUCGGGACUCUCUUUCAUGGAGAAGACAAAGAAAAAAAUUGCACAUUUCCAGGGAAUUAUAGGAUUACUGCACUCAACCGCAGAGAGUCUACUGUUCAACGCCAGCUUAAUCUCACACCUGGCACAGCAGGGCUUUGAUGCAGUGCUGACAGACCCCGCCGUACCCACGGGUGUACUGAUUGCUCGGAAAUUAGGCAUCCCCGUUGUUAAUCUACUGAGAGGAAUCCCGUGUUCCCUGGAAAUGAAGGCCGCAGGCUGCCCUUCUCCACCUUCAUAUGUGCCUCGCUUCUUCACGCGAUACACUGAUAAAAUGACCUUCAAGGAGAGAACUGUCAACACCUUGAUAGCUUUGCUGGAGCCACUGCUUUGCAGACUGAUUUUCUGGCAUUUUGACCAUGUCACCCAUCAAUUCCUGGGAGAGCAGGUGGGCGUAGCUGAGGUGCUGUCAAACUCUGAUAUCUGGCUGCUGAGGAUUGAUUUCACACUGGAGUUCCCACGUCCUCUCAUGCCAAACGUAAUACUCGUUGGUGGUAUCAACUGCAACGUGAGAGCUCCUCUACCUGAGGAUUUGGAGACCUGGGUGUCAGGAGAGCACGGGUUCAUAGUGUUCACUUUGGGCACCAUGGUGUCAGAUCUGCCAGAAGAAACCACCUCCAUCUUCCUGGAGGCCUUCGGACAGAUACCACAGAAAGUGAUAUGGAGAUACACUGGUCACCUUCCUGACAAUGUCCCAGAAAACGUGAAGAUUAUGAAAUGGGUCCCUCAGAAUGACCUACUAGCACAUUCUGGAGCCCGGGCUUUCAUCACUCAUGCUGGCUCCAAUGGACUUUUUGAGGGACUCUGUCAUGGUGUUCCCAUGGUGAUGCUGCCAUUAUUUGGGGACCAGCCCGAUAAUGCAGAGAAGAUGGUGAAAAGGGGAGCAGGAGUUGUGUUGGAUAUUACUUGUAUCACUACAGAAAGCCUUCUUCAAGGAUUGAAUGAGGUCAUAUAUGAUGUCAGGUAUAAAGAAAACAUGCAGACGCUGUCAGCUCAGCAUAAAGACCAGCCAAUUCAGCCACUGGACCUUGCUGUAUACUGGACAGAAUACGUGAUGCGGCACAAAGGGGCAAAACAUCUCAAGUCAGCUGUCCAUGAGCUUAACUGGAUCCAGUAUUUCUGCCUGGACGUGAUAGCGACACUAGCAACCAUAGUUUUAGUUUUUGGAAUACUUACAAUAAAAUGCAUGAAAAUGUGUUUCCGGAAACUAAGCAGGAAAAACAAACAGGAUUAGCAGGGUUCUAUAACUCAGUAACACUUUGUUGUUGAAUGUCUGGUACGGCUUAAGAAGAAUAACUGAACAAGAUUCAGUGGCCAAAAAGACAUUUAAUAAAGAAAUAUACAUAAUAUUAUCACACUACAUUACGGUCUGGCUUUGUGGGACAACUUUAAGAAUUAAUGGCCACCCUUCUUUGGUGGGAACAUAGUGUAUUCUACAGCCAGAGCGACAGCAAAGGCAGCAAAUCCCCACUUGAAUCCUCUGAGCAGCACAUCUGACAGAGUCACAGCACGAGCAAACCCGCCCGAGUAUCUCCAUGCCUCAUUACUGCAGAGAGAGGAAGAGGAGACAGAAGGACAGGGAGCAGUGUCAGGAGCCAUACUGGAGACAAAACAAUCCCGACAGUACCUCAUGUGGGCAAAAAUACUAACCGUAACCACGGGUCCUUGAGGCCCCUGUUUGCAAGUCUCUGCUUCGUGAAUUCCAGCGGUGUUCCCUCCACUUUCCACUGACGCCAGUCUGGCAAUGGCACCUUGUUGUGGCCGUGGUCACCUCCCAUACUGCAAAAAAUAUACAUAUCCAACUUGUUAGUAGUUUUUAGUGUAAUCUGAAAGCCAGUCAAUAAAAACAGAUCUGACUUAUAAAA